CUUGGCUCCGGCGGAAUGGGGGGCAUCUGCUCCAAGGGAUCGGCGGUGGACAAGUCGCCCAGCGACACCACGCUCGGCCCGGACCGGGUGAUCCACGACCACGACCGCGGCGCCGCCAAGGAGGACAGGAAGGCGGCGGCCGUGCUGGAGGAGGCCGCCGCCAAGCGGACGCACGAGCAGCAGCAGCCACAGCAACAGCAUCAGCAAGCACCGCAGCAGCAGCAGCCCCCUGUCCUGGACCUGGACACCGCGGCCGCUGGAGCCAGCGGUGGCGCUGGGGCGGCGCCGUGGGACGGCGUGCCUUCGCUGGCGCGGCAGCAGUCGCAGAAAUCCGGGAUGGGGAUGGCCAGAGCUGGCGCCGCCAAGGUUUCACACUUAGGUACUGUUGGGCUCGGGAAAGCAGUGGAUGUACUGGACACACUUGGCAGUAGCAUGACAAAUUUGAAUGCAAAUAGUGGUUUUGGAUCAGGCACUGCAACAAAGGGCAGCAAAAUAUCCAUUUUGGCAUUUGAGGUUGCUAAUACAAUAGUGAAAGGUUGCAAUUUGAUGCGAGCUCUUUCGAAAGAGAGCAUAAAACAUUUAAAAGAAGUGGUGCUUCACUCAGAAGGCGUUCAAAAUCUUGUAGCCAAAGAUAUGGAUGAAUUACUGAAGAUUGCUGCUUCUGACAAAAGGGACGAGUUGAAAGUGUUCUCUACAGAAAUUGUUCGCUUUGGAAACCGUUGCAAGGAUCCUCAGUGGCACAACUUGGACCGCUACUUUGACAAGUUGUCAUCAGAGCGCACUCCUCAACAUCACUUGAAAGAAGAGGCAGAAUCAGUGAUGCAGAAAUUGGUGGCUUGUGUUCAAUAUACAGCUGAACUAUACCAUGAAAUGCAUGCCCUGGACAGAUUUGAACAGGAUUAUCAACGUAAACAACAUGAAGAGGACGGUUCAAGUGGUGUUGUCCAAAGAGGUGAUAGCCUGCACAUUCUAAAGCAGGAGGUGAAAAGCCAACAGAAGCAUGUUAAAAGUUUGAAGAAGAAGUCUCUCUGGUCCAAGAGUUUGGAAGAGGUUAUGGAAAAACUUGUAGACAUUGUACACUUCUUGCAUCUGGAGAUCCAUAAUACCUUUGGGUGGCCAGAUAGUGAAGAAUCACAGGAACCUACUAAGCGACGUAAUAGAUUGGGUCCAGCCGGGCUUGCGCUGCAUUAUGCCAAUAUCGUCAGUCAGAUCGAUGCUCUUGUUUCUCGGUCAGCUUCUGUUCCUCCAAACACAAGGGAUUCAUUAUACCAGAGUUUGCCACCGACCAUAAAAUCUGCUCUCCGUUCUAAGCUCCAUCCAUCUGGAGUCAAGGAAGAGCUUACUGUAGCUCAAAUCAAGGCGGAAAUGGAGAAGACUCUACGGUGGCUUGUCCCGGUUGCAAAUAACACCACUAAGGCUCACCAUGGUUUUGGUUGGGUUGGAGAGUGGGCAAAUACAGGGUCAGAAGUGAACUGCAAGCCGACAGGGCAGAUGGACCUCACCCGAAUUGAGACACUACAUCAUGCUGACAGGGACAAGACUGAAACAUAUAUCCUCGAUCUUGUCAUAUGGCUUCAGUAUCUCAUCAGUCAAUCCAGAACCGCUAAUGGCGAGCGAUCUCCCAUCAAGUCUCCGGUUCGAUCUCCUACACAAAGGGGCUCCACGCUCUCAUUGUAUUCAAACAAAGCCAGCAGUUCAUCGUCGCCUGUUCUGACACCAGAAGAUCAAGAGAUGUUAAGGGAUGUCAAGUUCAGGAAAUUCGUCCCUGGUAUAAGCAAAAGCCAAGAGUUUGACACAAAGGCAAGACAUAGCAAGCAGAGCAAGUUGAUCAAAAGCAACAGCCAUUCACCGAGCAGUGGCAACAGGAAAGAAUUCCUAUCAAUCAGGAGUCUGCUUCCUGUCAUCGACUUUGAAAUCGAUAGGACCAAAGCUCUGGAUAUGAUCGACAAUCUAAAAGUGAAGUGAGGCAUCAGAAUCGAUCGGUGCCCAAGUCCUGUAUAUUUCGACGCGGUUUGUGAUCUUGAAAAUCCUUGUUGCUUGAAGUAUACAUCAAAUCUGUUGAGCCGACUGCCAUGUGCCUGCGACGAAGGCGCUUGCGUAAGACGAGCUGGCAGUAGGUUAGCGAUUUGGUUGGAGUCAGCGAGAGAAAGAUGGGUGGUCUUGGAUCAUGGCUAACUUAUGUAUGAUAUGGGGUGAAAAGGAAAGGGAGGUUUUUAUUGUAAAAAGCAAUUUGUUGUGUUUGUUAGCUCUUGUAUAAGGAAUGCAAGUUUUGAAGGAGAAGAAGGGAUAUCCCAGCGUCACAUUGUGUUUCCCAAAAGCAAACAAUUGAUGUGCACUGCAACUUUUUGUUGCCGCGGUCAUGGUUUUUACCGCCUUUAUGAGGGGUUUGACCUAAUGACCGGGAUAAAAAUAUGAGGUUUCAUUUGGGGCAGCAAGAGUUCCUCUUCCGGAACUUGGCUGUUCUUCUGAAUCCAACAAUUA